GGAGUUUCACCCACAGCUCUCAUACUCUCACACAGUCAGGGACACACACUCAUUUUCGAAGCUUGCCUACUUUGACUUGAAUUUUCAUCCCCUAAAAGUUAUAUAAAGCUCAGUCUUCAACGCACGGAGUGAUACAGAGCUCCAUAGCAUCAUCCAUCAAUGGCGUCUUUGACGAGCUUUCUGAAGAAGAGAUCCACUCUUUCUGUGUGCAAUGAAGCCCUGAGAAUGAAGAGACUCUUCUCCACUGCACAACCCAUCGCUGCAGAUUCUUCUUCUUUUGUUGAAAGGAUCAGAAAUCUCCCUAAAGCUCUUCCUGGAACCCACAUCAAAACUGAAGUCUCCCAACUUAUUGGUAGAACACCCCUAGUAUACCUGAACAAAGUCACUGAAGGCUGUGGAGCUUAUAUUGCUGUCAAGCAAGAGAUGUUUCAGCCCACCGCCAGCAUCAAAGACAGACCAGCACUUGCUAUGUUCAAUGAUGCUGAAAAGAAAGGCUUGAUAACUCCUGGAGUGACAACUCUGAUAGAGCCAACAUCAGGAAACAUGGGAAUCAGCAUGGCUUUUAUGGCCGCGAUGAAAGGGUACAAGAUGGUUUUGACCAUGCCCUCUUACACGAGCUUGGAGAGAAGAGUGUGUAUGAGAGCAUUCGGAGCUGAGUUGAUUCUCACUGACCCUACAAAAGGGAUGGGAGGAACUGUCAAGAAGGCUUAUGACCUUUUGGAAUCCACUCCAAAUGCCCUUAUGCUCCAACAAUUCUCAAACCCUGCCAAUACUCAGGUACAUUUUGAAACUACAGGACCUGAGAUAUGGGAGGAUACUAAUGGAAAAGUUGACAUCUUUGUAAUGGGCAUUGGUAGCGGAGGCACCGUCUCUGGGGUUGGACAGUAUCUCAGAUCUCAAAACCCUGAUUGUAAGAUAUAUGGAGUGGAGCCUGCUGAAAGUAAUAUAUUAAAUGGUGGUAAACCAGGUCCUCAUUCAAUUACUGGAAAUGGGGUUGGAUUCAAACCCGAUAUAUUGGACAUGGACAUAAUGGAAAGAGUUCUUGAGGUUAGAAGUGAAGAUGCAGUAAAUAUGGCAAGGCAAUUGGCACUGAAAGAAGGACUUUUGGUAGGGAUAUCAUCUGGAGCCAACACAGUGGCAGCCCUUGAGCUCGCAAAAAAGCCAGAAAACAAAGGCAAACUUAUAGUGACAAUUCAUGCAAGUUUUGGGGAGCGAUACUUGUCGUCUGUCCUAUUUGAAGAGCUAAGGAAGGAAGCUGAAAACAUGCAGCCAGUCUCAGUUGAUUAAUACCUUGAGUAGAAGGACUGUCCAAACCAGUGUUUGUGAAGUAGUAAACCUCUUGUAUCAAUGUCUUGGUUGAUUUCUGUUGCAGUGAGAUAAGGACAAUAAUGUAUCAAUGUCUCAUAGUAGGCCUAUGAUUAAGGCAUUUCAGCUUGAUAUUAUAGUAAAACUUGUCUCUUGUUAUUGUAAUUUAUAACUCAUUGUGAUUCUUCA